AUGGAGACCUUCCUGAACGUCCCACCGGACGAGCUCGAGGAGCUCCUGACGGUAGCGCUGGGGCGCGUCGAGGACUUUCUGCGGCGGGAGUGUGCGCCGCCCAACGGGGUGGGCAGCACGACGCUCGUGCUGACGCGCAUCGACGCGGAGAGUUCGACGCGCACGCGCGACAUCCAGGCCACCUCGACGUUCCUCCACGAGGUCUCCGGCAACCUCCCCGCGUUCUGCCGCGCUGUCAGCACGCCCGACAGGCAGCUGGGCGCGGCGGACUUCCGCGAGAGCGACAUCGGGGUGACGGCGCAGGUGGACGGCGCGACGCUCGGGCCCGUGAGCUGCGCGGACGUGAUUUAUCUCAGCCGCAUGGUCUUCCGCGACGCCCUCAGAGCUGCAGUGGUUGCUCGUGAUGAGCACCUGCGGGACGCAGAGCGCGGUCGAGCGGCGCACGCGUUCCGCGGCGCCAUCAAGAUCGGCCCCGCGCACGACCCCGCCGACGUCGCCGUCGCGGGCGCGUGGUCGCCGAAGUUCCCCUCGGUGAUUGACGUCAGCCUACACACGCCGCCCGACCAGGCGAGGCGGAUCCUCUCCAAGGCGACGUGCGCCGAGCUCGGCGCGCAGGCGGUCGUGCGCGCCCUGCGCGGCACCGGCGCGCUGCAGGCCCUCAGCAAGGACACGCUGGUGCCGCCCGACGCCUGCGACGCUGCUGCGCUGCUCGAGGACGCCGCGCAGGACUGGGACGCGGCGGGGCGCUUCCCGUGCAUCACGAUCAACGUCCUGCAGAGCAACAUGUUCAACAAGCCGUGGGUCUUCCUCACGCUGCCGGACAACGUCUGUUGGGAGGUGGCGGCGCACGACGGCGAGACGGGGCACCCGCCGCUGGUGCGGCUCGUCGCGGAGGUCGACCGGCCCGGCUUGUUCUCACUCGCCAUGCCCGUCCCGCCCACGUGGCAGGACUGCAUGGACACGUACAAGCGCCUCGACGGCACUUUGGGGGGCCAUGGACGCGGCGAGGGCUGGCGAACCGAACUGCUGCAGUGCGUGCUGGACGCGCACGCAUCUCGCAUGCGAUUGCAGCACGACUCGCCCGGAAGGACGCUGGACAUCGACGACGAGGUCGAAAUGCAGAUGAAUGUCCCCGAGGGCGAGCUCGAGGAGCUGCUCCGCGUCGCCCUGCGUCAGGGGUAUGAAUUCCUUGAAGCGACGCAACGUCAGUCCGGCCCGGAGGUCUGCGGCAAGGUAGUGACGCGCAUCGAGUCGGAGUGCUGGAGCGAGACGCGCGACAUCAGGGCCGUCUCGACGCUCAACGGCGACCUCACCCCCGAGAACGUCGACGCGUUCUGUCGCAUGAUCAGCGCGGACGGCCGGAAGCUGCGCGGCAAGCCCCGGAGCGGGCACCCGCGCGUGCGCGCGACGCUCGAGGAGAACGGCGCGGCGUACGGGCCGCUGGACUGCACCGAUCUCGUGGAGCUCGGGCGCGGCGUCUCUGUGUUGUCGAGCGACCACGGCGACCUCGGGUACCAGGAGGUUGUGCAGGACUUCAAGGACGGGAGCCCGCUGCACUGCUUCCGCGACAAGAUCACGACCGACGCCGGCGGCCGGGAAAUUGCGCUCGAAUUGACAGGGAAUCUCUCGCGGAGCUGGCCGCACGUGCUGAUGGUCAUGGCCGCGCCCCCGACGGACUUCGAGCUGAGCAGGCGCGAGGAGGAGCAGCUGUGGCUGGCAUCGCUGACUCGGGACACCGGAGGGCCCGAGGUCUGGGCACAGACCGUCGUCCGGGCCCUGCGCGCGAGCGGUGCGCUGCGCACCAUCAGCUCGCGCGCUCUGCUGCCCCCGCGCGGCCAGGCCGCCAAGUCCGCGAGCCAACAGGCCUGGGACCGCAAGGGCCAGUUCCCAGCGGUGUCUGUCAACGUGUCGCUCGGAACCUUCUCCUCCAAACACGGCUCCCCACUCGACGCCGGCGUCGGACUCUGUAUGUGGCUCGAGCUGCCACUUGGCAUGCGCUGGAAGGCCGACCCGGUGAGCCUGCCGGGGUCGGGCGUGCGGCGCGUCGCGGCGAGCGUCGUGCGGGAGCAGGAGCUACAGGUCUGGCACCACUUUCACACGGUGCAGACGCCGCUAUGGAGGGACGUGGCGCGCGGCGUGGAGCGGGGCGUCGCGGAGCUGCAGGGCGCCGGCGACACGAGGCCCCUGGAGACGCUGCAGCUCGUCGCGUUCCACCAGUAUUUCAACAGCUUGUUGGGGGAUUGGAUUCACAAUCUCCCGGACAGCACUCACAUGAGACUCAUCAACGGGUGCUUCAACGCGAACUACAUGCACGAGCUGAUGGACGCGCUCGCGGACAAGGGCUUGACGUACGUCCACCGCGCUCGCCCGGCCAACGCGCGGGCGCAGAAGGGCAAGAAGGGCAGACGCCGAAAAGGGAAAUGA